AUGGACAAAGCGAACGGAGUGGUCAGACAGAAGCGCGGUGACAAGGAAGACGACGACGGCCUGCAACAAGAGGCCACCAGGAGGAAAAGAGAGGCGCGCAAGAAAGGGUCAUGUGAUGAGAAUCCCUCCCUUGUUGCUGCCGUGGAUACAGAUCCUCAGUGGGGCACCCUGAUCAGCAGGCAGCGUCUCCUUGAGGCGCAGCGCAACGACGGCCUUUGUCAACGGAUCCUCAGCCACUUAGCUGACCUGAACGCGCAACCAAGCGAUGCACUGUACCCGGCGCCGGCGGCCUUCACCGAUGUCCUCCCGGAGGUCCCGUUCACGUUCAGCCCCCUGGGACAGGUCUCCCACUGUUCGUGGGCCUCGUUACCCGCCAUCGAGAGGCCGUGUCCGCACGGUCGCAGCAUGGACCGUCCUCGACUCUACCGACCGUCCCGUGGCCUGGACGUCGCGCCUCCCUUGGGAGAUCCAGCCCCGCCCUUCCAGUGGACUCCUUCUAUCGGAUCGGCACCCGAUCGAGCCAUUAUAGCCCUACACGGCCGAGGAGACCAGGAUCCUUUGCCCGCUUUGCCGGGUCCUAGAAAUUUCCCGCCGCGCCCACCAGGACAGCUCCCUCCACCGCAACCGCCUCCUUGCGGUAACAAUGCGGGACACCAUCCCUCGACCACCGCAACCACCGCCAGCUCCAACAACCGUCGAGGCCGCCAUCGCUAUCCUCGCUCGGCCCGUCCGGACCUCCUGGCGCAGGGUGCCCUUCCAGCCCCCACCUCGGUGCCACCCCCUACCCUGCCACCACAGCCACCCGUCGAUGACCUCCUCGACUUCGACGAAUGA